AUGGGUGAGAAGAGACUGAGACCUCGAGGAAAGAAGAUUGAUGCUUCUCACUUCUUGCAUAUCAAGAAAAGAAAGUAUAAGACACAGUACCAGCUGCUUAAGAAAUUGUACAAGGAUGACUGCUUCAAGAUUGACACGAGUGCGCCCCUGCAGGAGAAGGCCAUGAAGAAGUAUUGGAAUCACAGGGACAAGUUGUUCUCGAAGAUAGAUAGCCUACCGAUAUAUAUGACGCACGAACUGUGGUUUAGCGUGACUCCAGAGUUGAUUGCUAAAUUCAUUGCCAAGUACGUCAGGGCGUGCUUGCCAGCUGCAACAAAAGUUUUGGAUGUCUUUUGUGGUGGUGGUGGGAACACUAUACAGUUUGCUAAGCUCUUUCCUAAAGUUUACGGUGUCGAUUUUUCAAUAGACCAUUUGUAUUGCACUUAUCGGAAUGCACAAAGUUACGGCCUAGCGGAUAGGAUUUGGUUGAAAUAUGGUUCAUGGACUCAGAUGGUGAAAAAGGGGAAGAUCCAACAACUAGGAAUAGAUUGUAUAUUCGGUUCUCCUCCUUGGGGUGGUCCACUAUAUUUGAAAUCAAAAGAGUACGAUUUAGAAAACUCUUUGUUGCCAGUAGGGUUGACUGAAUUACUAGAAGGUUUCCGUUCAGUGAGUGAAAAUAUUAUAUUGUUUCUUCCGAAGAACUCACAAUUAAGUCAGAUAGCAAUGGCAACAAGGAAGGUGUUUGGAGUGACCAAAAAAUGUAAAAUUAUCCAUGUUUUACAAAAUGGAUUCUCAAAAGGAUUGUUUUGCAUUUGGGGUGAUGCAUUGAUUAACUAUGAAACCGAAGAUGGUGGUGAAAGGGACAACUUCAAUAAAGCAUCUACAAGUCACAAUACUGAAACCAAUGAAGAACCGACAAAUGACAAAGGUAAAGCUCAGACAUAUGAUCUUAACUAUGAUAUAGAUGGAUAG